CCAGGCCGAGGGAAAAUGCUAAGAGCUGCCGGGCUCCCGGGCUUCCAGCGCUGGGGCGGGCGGGCCAGCUGAUGUCAUGCGAGAAGCGUGCAUUCGGAGCAGGGUGCACACCUGGAGCCAGAUAAGCUCCGUGUGACCUGGAGCAGCAAGGUGGGGGUCCAAAGGUCCUGUGCUAAGCACCCAUAAUCCUCUGGGGGGUGCCAUCCAAAAAAGAAAAAAAAACCCACCAUGUUUAACUUAAUGAAAAAAGAUAAAGACAAAGAUGGCGGGCGGAAGGAGAAGAAGGAGAAAAAGGAGAAGAAAGAGCGGAUGUCAGCAGCAGAGCUGCGGAGCCUGGAGGAGAUGAGUCUCCGCCGUGGUUUCUUCAACCUGAACCGCUCCUCCAAGCGUGAAUCCAAGACACGCCUGGAAAUCUCCAACCCCAUCCCCAUCAAGGUGGCCAGUGGGUCUGACCUGCACCUGACUGACAUUGACUCUGACAGCAACCGGGGCAGCAUCAUCCUAGACUCGGGCCACUUAAGCACAGCCAGCUCCAGCGAUGACCUCAAGGGUGAGGAAGGCAGCUUCAGGGGCUCCGUGCUGCAGCGGGCAGCCAAGUUUGGCUCACUGGCCAAGCAGAACUCACAGAUGAUUGUCAAGCGCUUCUCUUUCUCCCAGCGAAGUCGGGAUGAGAGCGCCUCAGAAACCUCAACCCCCUCAGAGCACUCUGCAGCCCCAUCACCACAGGUGGAGAUAAGGACACUAGAGGGACAACUGUUGCAGCAUUCUGGCCCAGGCAUCCCUCGAGCAGGACACCGUUCUCGAGUCCCUGAGCUGGUGACUAAAAGGUUCCCAGCUGACCUGAGACUUCCCCCAGUGGUGCCUCCACCACCCCCUGCUCCCAGGGAACUGGAACUGCAACGAAGGCCCACUGGAGACUUUGGUUUCUCCCUGAGGCGCACCACCAUGCUGGAUCGUGGCCCUGAGGGCCAGGCCUAUCGCCGGGUGGUUCACUUUGCUGAACCUGGUGCUGGUACCAAGGACCUGGCUCUUGGGUUGGUGCCAGGAGACCGACUGGUGGAGAUUAAUGGGCACAAUGUGGAGAACAAGUCCAGAGAUGAGAUUGUGGAGAUGAUCCGACAGUCUGGGGACAGUGUGCGGCUUAAGGUUCAGUCCAUCCCAGAGCUCAGCGAGUUGAGCCGGAGCUGGUUGCGGAGUGGCGACGGACACCGCAGGGAGCCAGCCGAUGUUAAAGAGGAGGACAAAACUCUGCCCAAACCUGGCCCUCCUGGCAAGGAGGAAGGGGCUCUAGAGGGCAGUUCCAAGGACAGUGGUGGUCCACCUAGGAGUCCUCAGCCUGCUACCAGCCCAGUACCUUCAGAGACUUCCCACAGAACCAAGAGCCCUGCACCCCCACUCGCCAUGAAUGGUCUGGGGGCUGCCUCAACAGAGGGCCCUAACGAGGAGACUCAGGGCCUGUCCCGGAAACGAGUGGCGAAUGCAGUGAGGAAGGUGGUGAGCAAGGUGCUGCCUGGUGAAGAGCCUGUGAGUUCCAAGGAACCUCCAGGCCGAGGGACCAAGUCCCCUGAGCACCCAGCUAGAGGCAAGAAGGGAGAAAAGGCAGCCUCUACUCCCAAGCCACCACCGCCUCCUCCACCUCCUCCUCCCCCUACUCCACCAAAGCCUGAAGCAAAGAAGGAGGCAGCUAAGGAUGAGCUCUCAGCAGGCCUGCGGGGCCUGAUGUCUCGGGGCCGGGGCAAGGACCACAAGCCCCGUAGCAAGCAGACUCCCGGGAAGGGGGAGAAGCCUCCCAGCCAGGAGCCAGGCUCCUUGGGGAAACCAGGCUCCCCAUACCUCAUGGACUCCCCAGAGAAGGCAGCCAAGCCUGAAACCCCAGAGAAGCAGUGUUCCCCGGCCCCGCCAAGAGAGGUGUCGGACCCAGGCUCUGUUGACCCGAAGUCAAACCUCACAGGAGAGCAGCAGUCCAAGUCACCAGGCUCUGGUGUGCAGCAGGAGACAGGAAUCGCCCCUGAGGUCCAGCUGAGCCCUGCGGAGGAAGCCCACCAGCGGCUUGAGAGGAUCUUCACUGCUUCUCUGGACCCUGAAGCUGCCUCUCCUGCCCACAGCCAGGUAGGGUGCUCCUAUCCCCCUCAGAAGUUCUCCGCGUCCUCCAGUGAUCACCCACCACCUCUGGCCUGUGCCUGGGCUGGCGUCUGUGCUCGGGCCUCAUGCUGGAGCGCCAAAACAGAGGAGCAGAUUGCAGCUGAGGAAGCCUGGUAUGAGACAGAGAAGGUGUGGCUGGUCCAUAAGGAUGGCUUCUCUCUGGCCAGUCAGCUCAAGUCGGAGGAGCUCAGUUUACCUGAGGGGAAGGUGCGUGUGAAGCUAGACCAUGAUGGAGCCAUCCUGGAUGUGGAUGAGGAUGACGUAGAGAAGGCUAAUGCUCCCUCCUGUGACCGUCUGGAAGAUCUGGCCUCGCUGGUGUACCUCAACGAAUCUAGUGUCCUACACACGCUGCGCCAGCGCUAUGGCGCUAGCCUGCUGCACACCUAUGCUGGCCCCAGCCUGCUGGUUCUCAGCCCCCGUGGGGCUCCUGCCGUAUACUCAGAGAAGGUGAUGCACAUGUUCAAGGGGUGCCGGCGAGAGGACAUGGCACCCCACAUCUAUGCUGUGGCCCAGACAGCAUACAGGGCAAUGCUGAUGAGCCGUCAGGACCAGUCUAUCAUCCUCCUGGGCAGCAGUGGCAGUGGCAAGACCACCAGCUGCCAGCACCUGGUGCAGUACCUAGCCACCAUCACAGGCACCAGCGGGAACAAGGUGUUUUCCGUUGAGAAGUGGCAGGCUCUGUACACCCUCCUGGAAGCCUUUGGGAACAGCCCCACCAUCAUGAAUGGAAAUGCAACCCGCUUCUCCCAGAUCCUCUCCCUGGACUUUGACCAAGCUGGCCAGGUGGCCUCAGCCUCCAUUCAGACGAUGCUUCUGGAGAAGCUUCGUGUGGCUCGACGCCCUGCCAGUGAGGCCACAUUCAAUGUCUUCUAUUACCUGCUGGCCUGUGGAGAUGGCACUCUCAGGACAGAGCUCCACUUGAACCACUUGGCAGAGAAUAAUGUGUUUGGGAUCAUGCCAUUGGCCAAGCCUGAGGAGAAGCAGAAGGCAGCUCAGCAAUUCAGUAAGCUGCAGACAGCCAUGAAGGUGUUGGGCAUUUCCCCCGAUGAGCAGAAGGCCUGCUGGCUCAUCCUGGCUGCUAUCUACCACCUGGGGGCUGCAGGAGCCACCAAAGAGGCUCCCGAGGAGCAAUCGGAAGCUGCUGAAGCUGGGCGCAAGCAAUUUGCCCGCCAUGAAUGGGCCCAGAAGGCUGCAUACCUGCUGGGCUGCAGCCUGGAGGAGCUGUCCUCGGCCAUCUUCAAGCACCAGCACAAGGGUAGCACCCUGCAGCGCUCCACUUCCUUUCGUCAGGGCCCUGAAGAGAGCAGCCUGGGGGACGGCACAGGUCCCAAAAUGAGUGCAUUGGAGUGUUUAGAGGGCAUGGCAUCUGGCCUCUACAGCGAGCUCUUUACCCUUCUCAUCUCCCUAGUGAACAGGGCUCUCAAGUCCAGCCAGCACUCGCUCUGCUCCAUGAUGAUUGUGGAUACUCCAGGCUUCCAGAACCCUGAGCAGGGUGGCUCGGCCCGUGGAGCCUCAUUUGAGGAGCUGUGCCACAACUAUGCCCAGGACCGGCUGCAGAGGCUUUUCCAUGAGCGCACCUUUGUGCAGGAGUUGGAAAGAUACAAGGAGGAGAACAUUGAGCUGGCGUUUGAUGACAUAGAGCCGCCCGCAGAUGACUCGGUGGCUGCAGUGGACCAGGCCUCCCACCAGUCUCUGGUCCGUUCGCUGGCCCGCACAGAUGAGGCAAGGGGCCUACUAUGGCUGCUGGAAGAGGAGGCGCUGGUGCCAGGGGCCACUGAGGAUACCCUCCUGGAGCGCCUUUUCUCCUAUUAUGGCCCCCAGGAAGGUGAUAAAAAAGGCCAAAGUCCCCUUCUGCGCAGCAGCAAACCACAUCAUUUUCUCCUGGGUCACAGCCAUGGCACCAACUGGGUAGAGUACAACGUGACUGGCUGGCUGAGCUACACCAAGCAGAACCCAGCCACCCAGAAUGCCCCCCGGCUCCUACAGGACUCCCAGAAAAAGAUCAUCAGCAACCUGUUUCUGGGCCGGGCAGGCAGCGCCACGGUGCUCUCGGGCUCCAUCGCCGGCCUGGAGGGUGGCUCACAGCUUGCGCUGCGCCGGGCCACCAGCAUGCGGAAGACCUUUACAACAGGCAUGGCAGCUGUCAAGAAGAAGUCGCUGUGCAUCCAGAUUAAGCUGCAGGUGGAUGCCCUCAUUGACACCAUCAAGAGGUCCAAGAUGCAUUUUGUUCACUGCUUCCUGCCUGUAGCCGAAGGUUGGGCUGGGGAACCCCGAUCCGCCUCCUCCCGCCGCGUCAGCAGCAGCAGCGAGCUGGACCUGCCUCCAGGAGACCCCUGUGAAGCUGGGCUCCUACAGCUUGAUGUGCCUCUACUCCGUGCCCAGCUUCGGGGCUCCCGACUGCUUGAUGCCAUGCGCAUGUACCGCCAAGGUUAUCCUGACCACAUGGUGUUUUCUGAGUUCCGCCGUCGCUUUGAUGUCCUGGCCCCACACCUGACAAAGAAACACGGGCGUAACUACAUUGUGGUGGAUGAGAAGAGGGCGGUGGAGGAGCUGCUGGAGUCCUUGGACCUGGAGAAGAGCAGCUGCUGCAUGGGCCUGAGCCGGGUGUUCUUUCGGGCAGGCACGUUGGCGCGACUGGAGGAGCAGCGGGAUGAGCAAACCAGUAGACACCUAACCCUGUUCCAGGCGGCCUGCAGGGGCUACCUCGCCCGCCAGCACUUCAAGAAGAGAAAGAUCCAGGACCUGGCCAUUCGCUGUGUGCAAAAGAACAUCAAGAAGAACAAAGGGGUGAAGGACUGGCCCUGGUGGAAGCUCUUUACCACCGUACGACCCCUCAUCGAAGUACAGCUAUCAGAGGAGCAGAUUCGUAACAAAGACGAGGAGAUCCAACAGCUGCGGAGCAAGCUUGAGAAGGUGGAAAAGGAGCGAAACGAGCUGCGGCUCAACAGUGACCGACUGGAGACCCGGAUCUCAGAGCUGACAUCGGAGCUGACAGAUGAACGUAACACGGGAGAGUCCGCCUCCCAGCUGCUGGACGCGGAGACAGCGGAGAGGCUCCGAGCCGAGAAGGAAAUGAAAGAGCUGCAGACCCAGUAUGAUGCACUGAAGAAGCAAAUGGAAGUGAUGGAGAUGGAGGUGAUGGAGGCCCGGCUCAUCCGGGCAGCUGAGAUCAACGGGGAAGUAGAUGAUGAUGAUGCAGGGGGCGAGUGGCGGCUAAAGUAUGAGCGAGCCGUGCGGGAAGUGGACUUCACCAAGAAGCGGCUCCAGCAGGAGUUAGAAGACAAACUGGAGGUGGAGCAGCAGAGCAAGAGGCAGCUGGAGAGGCGGCUUGGGGACCUACAGGCAGACAGUGAUGAAAGCCAGCGGGCUCUGCAGCAACUUAAGAAGAAGUGCCAGCGACUAACAGCUGAGCUGCAGGACACCAAGCUGCACCUGGAGGGCCAGCAAGUCCGCAACCAUGAGCUGGAGAAGAAGCAGAGGAGGUUUGACAGUGAGCUCUCACAAGCGCAUGAGGAGGCCCAGCGGGAGAAGCUACAGCGGGAGAAGCUGCAGCGAGAGAAGGACAUGCUUCUUGCUGAAGCUUUUAGCCUGAAGCAGCAACUGGAGGAAAAAGACAUGGACAUUGCGGGAUUCACACAGAAGGUCGUCUCAUUGGAGGCUGAGCUCCAAGACAUUUCUUCCCAAGAGUCUAAGGACGAGGCCUCUCUGGCCAAGGUCAAGAAGCAGCUCCGGGACCUGGAGGCCAAAGUCAAGGAUCAGGAAGAGGAGCUAGAUGAGCAGGCGGGGACCAUCCAGAUGCUGGAGCAGGCCAAGCUGCGUCUAGAGAUGGAGAUGGAGCGGGUGAGACAGACCCAUUCCAAGGAGAUGGAGAGCCGGGAUGAGGAGGUCGAGGAGGCCCGGCAGUCUUGUCAGAAGAAGUUAAAGCAGAUGGAAGUGCAGCUUGAGGAAGAGUAUGAAGACAAGCAGAAGGCGCUGCGGGAGAAGAGGGAGCUAGAGAGCAAGCUUGCUGCACUGAGCGACCAGGUGAGCCAGCGGGACUUUGAGUCAGAGAAGCGGCUGCGGAAAGAUCUGAAGCGCACCAAGGCCCUGCUGGCAGAUGCCCAGAUCAUGCUGGACCACCUGAAGAACAACGCCCCCAGCAAGAGGGAGAUCGCCCAGCUAAAGAACCAGCUGGAGGAGUCAGAGUUCACUUGUGCAGCAGCCGUUAAAGCACGGAAAGCAAUGGAGGUAGAGAUCGAAGACCUUCACCUGCAGAUUGAUGACAUCGUCAAGGCCAAGACAGCGCUGGAGGAGCAGCUGAGCCGCCUUCAGCGUGAGAAGAAUGAGAUCCAGAACCGACUAGAAGAGGAUCAGGAGGACAUGAAUGAGCUGAUGAAGAAGCACAAGGCUGCAGUGGCUCAGGCUUCCAGGGACCUGGCACAGAUGAGUGACCUACAAGCUCAGCUAGAGGAAGCCAACAAGGAGAAACAGGAGCUGCAGGAGAAGCUGCAAGCCCUCCAGAGCCAAGUGGAGUUUCUAGAGCAGUCUAUGGUGGACAAGUCCCUGGUGAGCAGGCAGGAAGCAAAGAUCCGGGAGCUGGAGACACGUCUGGAGUUUGAAAGGACCCAAGUGAAGCGGCUGGAGAGCUUGGCCAGCCGGCUCAAGGAAAACAUGGAGAAGCUGACUGAGGAACGGGAUCAGCGCGCUGCAGCAGAGAACCGGGAGAAAGAACAGAACAAGAGGCUACAGCGGCAGCUCCGGGACACCAAGGAGGAGAUGGGUGAGCUCGCCAGGAAGGAGGCUGAGGCGAGCCGCAAGAAGCAUGAACUGGAGAUGGACCUGGAGAGUCUGGAAGCUGCUAACCAGAGCCUGCAGGCUGACCUGAAGCUGGCAUUCAAGCGCAUUGGGGACCUGCAGGCUGCCAUUGAGGACGAGAUGGAGAGUGAUGAGAAUGAGGACCUCAUCAACAGUUUGCAGGACAUGGUGACAAAGUAUCAGAAAAGAAAGAAUAAACUUGAAGGGGACUCGGAUGUGGACUCAGAGCUGGAGGACCGGGUCGAUGGGGUCAAGUCCUGGUUGUCAAAAAACAAGGGACCUUCCAAGGCAGCUUCUGAUGAUGGCAGCUUGAAGAGUUCCAGAACGGCCCUCAACAGCCUCCCCAGGGAUGCCAAGGGGGUGGAGGAGAGGCCAGCCUCGGUGCUGAGCUCACUCAGCUAUCGAAAACGGCUGACCCUGAAGGACUCCAUCGGGGGUACGGGGGACGAGGACUCACUCUUCACCACCCUGACCCCACCAGCCACUGGAAGCCCCUUCCCCCUGACCGAUCCGAUGAUGAGCACGACCCUGUGGACGGCACCUCCAGACCCCGAUACUCCCACAACUAUCUGAGUGACAGCGAUACAGAGGCAAAGCUGACGGAGACCAAUGCUUAGCCCAGGGGAGUGGCUCUCAGCCCUCACACCCCACAGCCUCUGCCUGCCUGGGCAUCUCUCCCAGGAACCAGUGGGGCACUGGUCCCCCCCCGCUGACUGCUGAUCUGCAUGGGAAACACCCUGACCUUCCGCUAUCAGGGGGACUUUCCAGGCUGUGGGUGUCUGACAUCCCCACGUGGAAGAGGUGGGAGAAAGAGGAGUUUCUGAAAAGAGAACUUUUUGCUCCUCCCUGCCUCAAAGAUGCCACACUCUUGGCUUCUACCAGGGCCACCAUGGUCAGUGGCAGGUGGCCUGGCACUGCAUGGAGCCAGCAAAUUGACCUCCAUCUCAGCCCCCUGCUCAGGGAUGAUGGACAGAUUGCCUACUGGGCCACCCAAGGUUGCUGGGUCCAUGGGGAGGAGUCGGGGAGGGAACAGCAAUUCCUUCCCGCUGGUUUGGGACGAGGGCUUUCUCUUCUCAGUGCCUGCUGUCUUUUUACUUCUUAAUUUAAAUAUCCAACUUCUCCAUCACAGCCACAUCCCUGAGAGUGGGAGCUGGCUGCAGUGGCAGCUGGGGCCCCCAGGAACAACUUGGAAAUAUCUUCAUCUCCA